UGCUCGUCUUUCACAGGGUUCACAUCCUGAAGGCUGCUGUGCCCUUAUCGUUGUCCGCUGCGGUGAAUAGUGCAGUACAGUUUUUCCUUGUCUGAGACAUUGUAUUUCUAAUCAAAAAGUGUAAAUUAAAAUUUUCGAGUUCAUCUGUCAUCAUGUCUCUUGCUGCAGAGGCGUUUGUAUCCCAAAUAGCAGCUGCAGAGCCUUGGCCUGAAAAUGCAAAACUGUAUCAGCCUCUGAAGGAUGACCAGAUAUUGCUGUCAGAUCAUGCCUCAUCACUUGCUGUACAGGCCUAUCUGCGGAUGUGCAAUCUGCCAGUCCAGGUGGUCUGCAGAGCCAAUGCUGAGUACAUGUCCCCAUCUGGUAAAGUGCCCUUUAUACACGUUGGUAAUCAAGUUGUAUCGGAACUUGGUCCCAUAGUCCAGUUCACCAAGGCGAAGGGCCAUUCACUUAGUGAUGGACUGGAUGAAGUCCAGAAGGCAGAGAUGAAAGCCUACAUGGAACUUGUGAAUAAUAUGCUGCUGACAGCUGAGCUGUAUAUACAGUGGUGUGAUGAAAACACAGCGAUGGAGAUUACAAGGCCAAGAUACAGCAGUCCUUACCCCUGGCCCCUGAAUCACAUUCUGGCCUAUCAGAAACAAUGGGAAGUCAGGCGCAAGAUGAAAGCCAUUGGCUGGGCAGGAAAAACACUUGAACAGGUGCUUGAAGAUAUGAGUCAGUGCUGCCAAGCUUUGUCACAACGACUGGGGACACAGCCUUAUUUCUUCAAUAAACAACCAACCGAACUGGAUGCUCUGGUCUUUGGACAUCUGUUCACAAUCCUCACCACCCAGCUCACAAGUGAUCAACUGGGAGAGAAGGUGAAAAACUACAGCAACCUGUUGUCGUUCUGCAGGAGGAUAGAGCAGAACUACUUUGAAGACCAUGACAAAGACAGCCUCGCAAGCUCUUCGUCUCGGUUUUCUAAAGGUCCCUCGCUGAAUUGAACUCCAACCCUAAGACGCUGCCUUCCUUUCCUCUAAGGUGUAUAAGGAUUCGACUGAACAUUAGGAUAUAGCGGCAGUGGUCUUGUCUGAUGUAAAAAUGUUUUUCCGAUGUAUGUGGAGAUGUUUUCUAGUGUAAAAUGGAAAUGGGAGCACUUAGAAAUAAAGACGUGAUUCAAAAUGUCA